CUCAGGGGAAUCAGGGUUCGAGUGGACCCCCCAUCUGAGAUCUGUGAGUCCAUGGCUUCAAUGAGGAAAUUGUCCGAGGGAUAUCGUAUGAAUACCACUCUGCACCCGUUGUCUUUGACCUUUUUUCUAUCCUUCUUCUCUUAAUACCACUCUCACAGUCUACCACCUCUACCUCUCGAUAUUGUUACUUUGUAUCUCAACAGUACUUCCGCAACUCAAUCAUAAUGUAUAUCUCCUCCGUCUUGACUAUUUCUUCCCUGGCUGCUUUCGCGGUUGCAGCAACCUCCACCACCUACUCCUACGUUCCCACCACUUCUGCUUGUGGAGCUCAACCUGUUCUCGAGGCAUGCAUUGCUAGCACCACAGCAAUCAUCGAAUCAUGCGCUGCCACCGAUUAUUCGUGUCAGUGCCAGAAAUACACUGAUCUCGUAACCUGCUUCAAUGUCUGCCCCAACGACCCACGUAUCGUCGCCGCCCAGUCCUCCCAAUCUACAUACUGUUCCGACGCCUCCGCAUACUCCACCACAACCACCAGCGCCAUCUCCCGCGCCGUGUCCUCCGCCGUCCCAGUCACGACCACCGAUGCUAAUUCAGCUUCCCUCGCGACUACGGGAUCCAGCGGUGCUAUCAGAGUCGCUAGCAGCACUACCGACGCCGGAAGCUCUGCUUCGGCCUCUGCCAGCAGCACAGCGAAGAGCGGUGCUCAGAAGGAGUUGAUUGUUGGUGCUGGUAGCGUUGUCAUGGGUCUGGCUGGUCUUGUCGGUGCUUUCUUGUAAGAACACUCACCGUACUCUGCUCGGCUCGAAGAGGGAUGAAGAUAUUGUUGGGACGAAAUAUUUGGAAUUUGAAGAUUAGCGUCAAGCGUAGGCGCUCAUGUGAAGGCGAUUCCUGGGUGCUUUGUGCUGUGAAAAGGUUUAAGGAUGUUUUAAUCAAGUAAAUAGUUAAUUUGGCCAUAAUCGAAGAUACCAUCCAUGGUGCUUCUCAUUCUGAGAAUGCACACAUACACUCCCAG